AUGAAUUUACUGGUAACGGGCGGCAGCCGAGGCAUUGGCCGCGCGGCGUGCGUUCUCGCCGGCGCGCGAGGCUGGAAUGUUGGCGUAAAUUACACGCAGGAUGCCACCGCCGCAGACGCUACCGUCGAGGAAGUGCAGAAAGCCGGCGGAAAGGCCAUCACGUUGAAGUGCGACGUCACACAGGAAGACCAGGUGACGGAGAUGUUUCAGGAGUUCGAAAAGGCGUUCGGCCCUCUGACGGGUGUGGUCAUCAAUGCUGGAGUGACGGCCCGGGCACUUCCUCUGGCGGAAUUCGACACCGCUCGCAUAAAGAAAGUACUGGACACCAACAUCCUGGGCGCGUACCUCUGCGCACGCGAGGCGGCAAGGCGACUGGGUCAGAGCAAACAAGACAAUCGCAACAUCGUGUUUGUCUCCUCCGUCGCCUCGAGACUUGGAUCUCCGUUUGAGUAUGUUGACUAUGCUGGUUCUAAAGGAGCGAUGGACACCUUGACUAUCGGCUUGAGCAAGGAACUUGGACCGCAGAAAAUCCGUGUCAACAACGUGAGACCGGGAAUUAUUGCCACAGAUAUUCAUGAACAUUCCGGAGAUCCAGACCGGGUGAGUCGAUUGGGCAAUGCUUGCCCGCUUGGGCGACCAGGAGAGGCGAGCGAAGUUGGGGAAGCAAUCAUUUGGCUACUCAGCGACAAGGCUAGCUACGUUACCGGAGCCCUGCUUGAUGUGGCGGGUGGUCGGUGA